UUUGUGGUGUGGGACAAGAACAGCUGCUAAGUUUAUGGAGGAGAAAGGAAGCAGGAUGGUGCAGCAGGGUAAUCAGGAAGCAGCUGCUGCCCCUGACACAAUGGCCCAGCCUUACGCCUCGGCCCAAUUUGCUCCCCCGCAGAACGGCAUCCCCGCGGAAUACACAGCUCCUCAUCCCCACCCCGCGCCAGAGUACACAGGCCAGACCACCGUCCCCGAGCACACGUUAAACCUGUACCCUCCCGCCCAGUCGCACUCCGAGCAGAGCCCUCCGGACACCAACGCUCAGACCGUCUCUGGCACCGCCACACAGACAGAUGAUGCAGCACCAACGGAUGGCCAGCCCCAAACACAACCUUCCGAAAACACGGAAAAUAAGUCUCAGCCCAAGCGACUGCAUGUCUCCAAUAUCCCCUUCAGGUUCCGGGAUCCGGACCUCCGACAAAUGUUUGGUCAAUUUGGUAAAAUCUUAGAUGUUGAAAUUAUUUUUAAUGAGCGAGGCUCAAAGGGAUUUGGUUUCGUAACUUUCGAAAAUAGUGCCGAUGCGGACAGGGCGAGGGAGAAAUUACACGGCACCGUGGUAGAGGGCCGUAAAAUCGAGGUAAAUAAUGCCACAGCACGUGUAAUGACAAAUAAAAAGACCGUCAACCCUUAUACAAAUGGCUGGAAAUUGAAUCCAGUUGUGGGUGCAGUCUACAGUCCUGAAUUCUAUGCAGGCACGGUCCUGUUGUGCCAGGCCAACCAGGAGGGAUCUUCCAUGUACAGUGCCCCCAGUUCACUUGUAUAUACUUCCGCAAUGCCCGGCUUCCCGUAUCCAGCCGCCACCGCCGCGGCCGCCUACCGAGGGGCGCAUCUCCGAGGCCGCGGCCGCACCGUGUACAACACCUUCAGGGCCGCCGCGCCCCCGCCCCCGAUCCCGGCCUACGGCGGAGUAGUGUAUCAAGAGCCUGUGUAUGGCAAUAAAUUGCUGCAGGGUGGUUAUGCUGCAUACCGCUACGCCCAGCCUACGCCUGCCACUGCUGCUGCCUACAGUGACAGAAAUCAGUUCGUCUUCGUUGCAGCAGAUGAAAUUUCUUGUAACACCUCUGCAGUUACGGACGAGUUUAUGCUGCCGACCCCUACCACCACGCACUUGCUCCAGCCCCCACCUACGGCGUUGGUGCCAUGGCUAGUAUAUACCGAGGGGGAUACAACCGUUUUGCUCCAUACUAAAUGACAAAACCAUAAAAACCUUCCAAUGUGGGGAGAAAGGAAGCUUUCCGAGGCCUGAGUAUUGCAAUACAUGCAGUAGUGCAUCAUUUUAGCAACUCUAAAAAAAAAAGACAAAAAUAAAAAAGAGGAAAAAAAUUACAUUUUUUAUCUUAUACCUCAGAUAUUUUGUUCUGUGUAUUUUAAUAUUGUGGGUCUUUAAUUUCUGAAGGUUCCGUAGUUUGGUUACUGGCUGUAGGAGUUUUUGUGGUUGAUCUAGAGAGAUGCUAGAAAUGAAUAAAAACUGGUUUAGGGCCAUAUCCAGAGUGCUAUAUUAUGUAAAUGAAUUAUAUAUGCUGAAUAUUAAGCUAUUGGGGUUAUCAGCUGUUUGGGAAGAGUGUGACUACAGUAGUCAUUUUUUUCUGCAUCUGUAUUAUUUUAUUUUGUGAAAAGGAAGGCUGGGAGGGGAUGAGGGGAUUGGAAUUGGGAUUUGGCUGAAAGAAAAAAAAAAUGUAGUAACUGAUGAAUCUAAACGACCCACUGCACCAACAAUCAUUUUUCAAUGAUUCUAAGUUACUCAUUGCCAGUUCAAGCCAAAUGUUAUGUUGUCAAAGGAGUGCUUCAAGUAGCACUUAUGCAUCUGAGUUGAAUGAAGCUGUGCAAAUCCACCCUUUAAACCAUUCCACCCAGCAGUAUUCAGCUUCUUAACCAGCUGCUAGUUAUUUAGGCAAAAAACUGCUAGUUAGGCCAUCAACAAGCAUUCUUUUUAUAUUUCUUCCAGUAAAAUAAAUUAUUGAUAUCAUUGCUGACUUUUAUAUUAUGGGAGGGAAAAAAACAUUAAUAAAAAGGUGAUAAAAAAGCACUGUUUCUAUUUUUUUCUUUUUUUUCCAAAAAAAGAAAGUAAUAAAAACUUAAAUUCUUUGUACCAGUUAAAAAAAUGUAUAAAAUUUACAUCUGUGCAGUGGAGUUGUUAAGUUCUAGAAACAGUCUAUGAAGCUUUAGUUUUAGCCUAGUAGAACAACUGUUAGAGACAGACAUAUAAUUUUUAUGGAAUUACAUGAUAAUUAUAUUCGGAUUUAUAGAAGCAUUUUACAAGUAUUGCAAUCAUUGAGUAGAGAUAAUCAUGGUAUUUUCAUCAGCUUGGUACUUUUUGAGACAUGACUGCAUUGUGUGAGCAAUCUGCAAUUUUUCAGUCUGUGAGAGCCUCGCCUUUCCACCCCUUCCACCUCUCCCACACACCCGAGGAUGAUCUCAAACCAAUUAUCUUUAGUUCCAUCUCCAAGGCCCAGGACAUUUGUCAGAAGGAAGCAAAAAAGUAGAUCCACCCUCUUCCUCCUGGAAGAACAAAGUCCCUUUCCCUUUCUUGGACACAGGGCCAGACUGACACAGCCGAAAAAUUGCAGUUUGUCCGUACUUCUUCUGUUUGAACUCGAAUUUCCAUGUUGUCCUGUUUACAAGUUAACCUGAGUUGGGGUAUCUGUCACGGGUCUUCCUGUUUUUGUAUUUAAAUAAAAAUGAAAAAACAAACCGCAGCAAGCUGUCCCUGAGUAGUUUUGCUGCCAUAGUUAAAUCCUCAUGUGUACAGUGCAGGCCCUAGGGCACGCACUUUAGUAAGUUAUCAACUCACCGCUGUGAACCUGCCAAUCUGCUGUAACAACUCUGCUUUAAAACAAAACCAGACAAAACUUAAAAAAAAAAAAAAACCAGUGUUUGUGAUCCAGCUUUCUCUUGUCAUCCUAUGUGCAUGCCGUAAGAUCAGUUGGAUAUUAAACCAUCAAUAAAGUUUCACAAGAUUUGAAAACAAAGUUUCUGUAGCUUCGAUAUCUAAGACAGAUUAUAGUUAUCUCUAAAAGAGAAAAGGGGGGGAACUGUUUAGCAGCCAAACGCAUAUUCAAAAAAUGUUCUUUUCACCAGAAGUAUUUGGGUGGAUGAGGAGAGGGGCUAGGGUGUGUUUUAUAGUAUCACUAAGACAUUCUCAUUCCCCCACCUGGAAAACAAUGUGUGACAAUGGGUGCCUGAUCGAUAUUCUUAAAGGAAUUGAAUAAUUAAAAUGCUAUGGCAUCCUACUCCAGAGGGGAGAAAGAGAGUAGGAACAAGGGGCCUAGGGAGAAUAAUUAGAUUUCUUCCAAUUGCCUCAGAUUUCAAAAUCCAGAAUUUGUAUUGUUUGGAAUCACAAACCUGGAAUUCUUACUGUGUUGGUUAAAGUAAAAUUCAUUUGCAGUUUUGAUUUUCAUCAAUGAGCUGUAUUUCCCCAUGACUGUAUGUAGUUUUAAUAAAAAUCAUUUAGAGCAAGUGGGUGCCAUCUGAUGUUGCAGAAUCUUUUUGUCCAGGCACUCCUCCAAGAUGCCAAUAAGUCAUUUUAAAAUGUAUGUCAGAGAUGUAAACAAACAUUUUGAAUUUUUUAAACAGUAUUUAUUUGGAAUGUUUUCAUUUAUCUAAAUAACUAUUGCUAUUAUGAAUUAUGGAAAAAAGAUUAAUAUUAUGUGUGGCAUAUAGUGACUUCUUAACACACACAUCACGCAAUCUGCAAACCCAGAAAAUGUGUAUAUCUGUCUUUAGAAAUUAGUGUUUAUAUCACUUACAGUGGUUUGUGAAUAAAGAAAACUGGUUUGUAAUAUCAAAAAAUAAAAGCUUAGUCUGAAAAGGUA